AUGGACUUCCUCUGCAGCACAAACCACCUCGCCAGAGUUAAACCGACCGUGCAANGCCUUCCUCAGCCAAGGACAGAAGGCUUCAAUAGGGAUAAUUAUCAGAAACCAUCUGGGGGAAGUGGUGGAUGGACGAGCAAUGAUCAUCCACGAGUCUCGAGCCAACACUCGGAGGCAGCUGCAGUACGAGAAGCUUGCAUUAUGGUUACAACCCAGCAGAUGCAGAAUGCCACGAUCGAGAGCAAUAAUGCAAGUAUCAUCAACUUCAGCGUGACAGAGGAAGCUCCUGCAAGGAAAAUUGCAGCGUUUAUGGACGAUAUAAGAGAAUGUGCUAAUACUCCUAGAACUACAAACAAACCUGCACACUGGAUCACUAAGAAAUGCUUAUCUCAAUCACUCCCCCUGGAUUGGGAUCUUUCUGGGGUUGUGAAUAAGUUCAGUGAGAGCGUUAAGAACAUUGAGAAGAAUUUCGAUAGCGCUCUUGGUUUCGAGGAGAAGUCCGAGAAUUCCGACGCCGGUAGCAGUGAAGUUUAUGUUGAGACAUCAUAUUUCUUCAUCAAGAUUCUAGAAAUGUUAUGUCCUGGAACCAUUCAUCAUGCGCAUACUAAACAUGCUUUGUUUCAGUGUGGGAUAUCUCAAGCUUCAGGGUUAUGGCCUUCAGCUACAGACAGGAAAGCACUAUUUGACCCUGUCAUGGCCUUUAUGGGGCAUAAAGGAGAGGAAAUUACUCUUGAAUCAAAUGAGAAACCUGAAGAAGCGUCCAAGCUUGCAUCUGCUGUUGAGGACAAAGAAGGAGUUGAGACAGAUAGCUCAGCUAAUUCUGCUCUUCAACAAACCUCAGCCGCCGAAGAAGCAAAUGAAGAAACAAUGACAGUUGAUAUGCAUGCAGACCCUACGAGGGGAACAAUAAAUGCCAUUGAAGAGGGAACAAAUACCAUUGCUGCAGACUAUAGUAAAGCCGAAGCUGAUUCUCAGCUGGUGACUCUCGAGUUAUCUGAACCCAAUAUUGACCACGUUGAGGAGUCAGAUUCCUCAGAUCAUCUCCAACAGAUGGAGAGCUCAGAAGCAGGAUCUUUUGAAAAUUCGGAGACAAUGGAUGCCAAGUCAACAAAUUUUAUAGGUCAAGCUGAGGGCAAUGCCCCUGUGCCUGAAUUGCAUGGUGUUAUGAAUUUGCGGGAGAGCAUAGAUGAGCCGGAGAUACAAGAAGAAGAGAUUGCCGAGAAAGUUUCUGCAAUUCAGACCGAGGAUGAAUCAACUGAUAACCAAGCUGAAGCUGGGACAAUCCCCCCUAUUUCAAAUUCUACUAUAUCUGAUGAGACUGGAAGUGCUGAGCAACAUUCUGAAAACCAUUCUUCGGAUGUACAGAAUCAAGAUGAGGCUUCAGAGAUGGUUUCUGUGUCAGUUACACAUGAAAAAGAUGUAAUUGCUAAAGCUGUUGAAGUGUACGAACAAGCAAGUGAUCUUGAUACUAACAUAAAAGAACAUCGUCUGAGUUCAGGAAGCAACUCACCCAACAUUGCGGAUUCUGUAUCUGAACUAGAGAAUGUGAAGAGAGAGGUGAAAAUGAUGGAAACUGCACUUCAAGGAGCUGCUAGACAAGCUCAGGCAAAAGCUGAUGAAAUUGCGAAGUUAAUGAAUGAAAACGAGCAGCUAAAAGCUGUUAUUGAGGAUCUGAAGGAUUUAAGCCUUCUGAAGAGACUGGACGCCUUAAUCAACUAA